GGGGCCCCUGGAGUCUUUUCGGGGCUUCCGUAGAGCCGAAAGGUCGGGAGGCGGAACCACUCGCCCGGGGCGGGAGUGUCGGCGUUCGAUUGGCCGAAGAGAGCCGAGGCUCUUCGGAGCGAGCCGAACGUCUCCGACAGCCUCCGGGCAGAGCCGAGGGGCGCCGAGGCGCAGCCAUGGCGGCGGCCGGAGCUGUGGCGGCGGCGAAGAGCGAGGAACCGGCGCCGGAGGCCGAUGCGCUGGCCGCCGAUGCGCUGGCCGCGGCCCGGGAGCGGUGCAGCCGCUUCCUGAGCGGCCUGGAGCUGGUGAAGCAGGGCGCCGAGGCGCGCGUGUUCCGCGGCCGCUUCCAGGGCCGCGCGGCCAUGGUGAAGCACCGCUUCCCGAAGGGCUACCGGCACCCGGCGCUGGAGGCGCGGCUCGGCCGGCGGCGGACGGUGCAGGAGGCCCGGGCGCUGCUCCGCUGCCGCCGCGCAGGGAUAUCUGCCCCAGUUGUCUUCUUUGUGGAUUAUGCUUCCAACUGCUUGUUCAUGGAAGAAAUUGAGGGCUCGGUGACUGUUCGAGAUUAUAUUCAAUCCGCUAUCGAGACUGGAAAAACUCCCGAAAGUCUCCUUGGCUUAGCCAAGACCAUGGGGCAGGUUUUGGCUCGAAUGCACGAUGAGGACCUCAUUCAUGGUGAUCUCACCACCUCGAACAUGCUCCUGAAACCCCCCCUGGAACAGCUGAGCAUUGUGCUCAUCGACUUCGGGCUGAGUUUCAUUUCAGCACUUCCGGAAGAUAAGGGCGUUGACCUCUACGUGCUAGAGAAAGCCUUCCUCAGCACCCACCCCAACACCGAGAGCGUGUUUGAAGCCUUUCUGAAGAGCUACUCCGCCUCCUCCAAAAAGGCCAGGCCAGUGCUCAGAAAACUAGAUGAAGUGCGCCUGAGAGGAAGAAAGCGGUCCAUGGUCGGGUAGAAGAAUGUGUGUGGCAACCACAGACACUUACCUGUUUACCUCUCAGUAAAUUUGAAGAAGUGCUAAGAGGAUGGAUUACACCCCAAAAAAAUAUAUAUUGGGAUAUUUUUAAGUGCUGUCUGUGUUCAUGCUUGUUAAGUGCCAUCAUCCCCUGCACUGACCUGUUCUCAGGAGCUUACCUUGUACAUGAGCCAUGUUCUAGAUCAGGGUUGGGGAACAUCGGGCCUGUGGGCCGUAUGAGGCCCACACAAUCAUUUGAUCUGGCCCUGCCAAUGUUUGACCAAAUAUAGCGGGCUAAUUUUUAAGUCGAUACUUUUGUAUGACCUGCAAAUGAUGUUAUAAAUAUUCAAAUGGCCCUGGGCAGAAAAAAGGUUCCCCACCCCUGUUCUAGACAGAACUGAGUACAAAUAAACCUAGGACCAUGGGCAUGGCAGUAAAAAACAUGGAACCACGUAAUGAGAAGAGUAUCCUCUGUUCGUUCCUGGGGAGACGAGAACAAAGUCUCGGUGACAGUGCCUCUGCACCAGCCUUUUAAGCCAGUGCUGUUUUUUGUUGUGUUCGUGACAUUCCUCUUGGAAUCCAUGUAGUGGGAUACAAGCGGCAUUUUAAAAAUAAAGUAGAACCAGACACUAGGAAAUAUCAUUACAUGUGCAUUACAUGUAGUAUUGUAAAUACUGUUUUAUAAGACUUGUUUAUAUAUAUGUAUAUAGACGGGUAUGUACUGGGUUUUGAUGUAAAACAUAUUUUUGAGGGUUAUGGUGAAAAAGAUGAAAAAUACUGCUUAACUCCAAUUUCUCUUUAAAAAGCUUUUAUACAACAUUGUU